AUGUCAGCGCCCGGGCAAGGCGGCAUCUCUGAUCCCGGCCUAAUAACGCUAGUAAAUAAAUUACAAGAUGUGUUCACCACAGUUGGGGUUCAAAAUCCCAUCGACCUGCCGCAGAUUGUUGUUGUGGGAAGUCAGUCUAGUGGAAAAAGUUCAGUACUAGAAAACAUAGUUGGCCGAGACUUCUUGCCUAGGGGAACUGGCAUUGUAACUCGACGCCCACUUGUGCUUCAACUGAUUAAUCGCCAGCCCGCCGCGAAGACGAACGGAACUGCCGAAGAAAUAGUUGUAGGAGGAGACAAAGAAGCUAAUGCAGAUGAAUGGGGUGAAUUUCUUCACAUACCUGGCCAAAAAUUUCAUGACUUUCAUCGCAUACGAGACGAAAUCGUAAAAGAGACAGAAGCUAAGACUGGUCGUAAUGCUGGAAUCUCGCCUGCGCCUAUCAACCUCAGAAUAUACUCACCAAAUGUCCUGACUCUAACUUUGGUCGAUUUACCUGGCUUGACUAAAGUGCCUGUAGGCGAUCAACCUAGGGAUAUAGAGCGACAAAUAAGGGAAAUGGUUCUCAAGCAGAUAAGCAAACCGAAUGCCAUUAUUUUAGCAGUUACAGGUGCUAACACAGAUCUCGCUAAUUCUGAUGGUCUCAAACUUGCGCGCGAAGUAGAUCCUGAGGGCCAAAGAACAAUAGGUGUUCUAACGAAGGUCGAUUUGAUGGAUGAUGGUACUGACGUUGUAGAUAUUCUAGCUGGAAGAAUUAUUCCUCUACGACUGGGAUAUGUUCCGGUGGUAAACAGAGGACAGAGAGACAUUGAUAAUAAGAAAGUCAUUACCGAGGCUCUGGAUAGCGAAAAGAACUUCUUUGAAAGCCACAAAGCUUAUCGAAAUAAGAGCUCAUACUGCGGCACUCCUUAUUUGGCAAGAAAGCUUAACCUUAUUCUGAUGAUGCAUAUCAAACAAACUUUGCCUGACAUUAAAGCGCGCAUAUCUGCAUCGCUACAAAAAUAUACCGUGGAACUAGCAGGACUUGGUGAUUCAAUGCUAGGAAAUAGUGCAAAUAUCGUGCUCAACAUUAUCACUGAGUUUUCUAAUGAAUGGCGCACUGUACUUGACGGGAAUAACACAGAACUAUCAAGUGUUGAGCUUUCUGGCGGUGCUAGAAUUAGUUUCGUAUUUCACGAACUAUAUGCAAACGGCAUUAAAGCUGUGGACCCCUUCGAUCAAGUCAAAGAUAUUGACAUAAGAACGAUUCUAUAUAAUUCAUCGGGCUCUUCUCCGGCGCUUUUCGUCGGCACUACUGCUUUCGAGCUGAUUGUUAAGCAGCAGAUAAAACGUCUGGAAGACCCUAGCUUAAAAUGUGUCUCGCUAGUUUACGACGAGCUAGUCCGGAUUCUUUCGCAGCUACUCGGCAAGCAGCUUUUUCGGAGAUAUCCGGGAUUAAAAGAGAAAUUUCAUAUGGUGGUCAUCAACUUUUUUAAGAAGGUAAUGGAGCCAACGAAUAAACUCGUGAAAGAUCUUGUAGCAAUGGAAUCUUGCUACAUUAAUACCGGACAUCCUGACUUCCUUAAUGGUCACCGCGCAAUGGCAAUUGUUAAUGAGCGCCAUUCAGCUACAAAACCUGUGCAAGUUGAUCCGAAGACCGGUAAACCCAUUAACACAGCAACUAUUGCAGCUCAGAUCACCACUCCUAACCCAGAUCCUCUAAACGACUCCAAUGGCGGCUUCUUUGGGAGCUUCUUUGCAUCAAAAAAUAAGAAGAAGAUGGCUGCCAUGGAGGCUCCACCGCCGAUGCUAAAAGCCUCUGGCAACUUGUCCGAAAGAGAGGGUAUUGAAGUUGAAGUUAUUAAGCUCCUAAUUACAUCAUACUACAAUAUAGUCAGACGGACCAUGAUUGAUAUGGUGCCUAAAGCAAUAAUGCUCAACCUUGUUCAGUACACCAAAGAUGAAAUGCAGAGAGAACUGUUAGAAAAUAUGUACCGAACAGAUACUCUUGAAGAACUUCUAAAAGAGAGUGACUACACGGUGCGUAGACGUAAGGAAUGUCAACAGAUGGUUGAAUCAUUAUCACGCGCUAGUGAGAUUGUUAGUCCGCUUGAUGCUAUAAUAAGAAUAUCAGGAAAGCUUUUGAAAAUUACGACGAAGCGUCCUAUGUUUGGUACAAUCCCUUUUCAACAUCGGCUAAGCUCUGCUACGACAAAAUUCAAUCUUCUAGCAGAUACACUGGCGCAUAUCUACAAAGAUGUGUUGCGCCGAAAAACGGGACCUAUUUCGAUUUACUUAUCCUUUUCGAGCAGCUCAGGGGUAUUAAGGCGUGUUAAUUUGCAAAUAUGA